AUGCAAAUACUACCAAACCUAAGCAUACAUACAUCAUAACAACAAGGGCUGGAAAUGAUAACAUUUGAAAAUAAGGAACUAGCAUCGAAUAUCUUUUUAGCUUAUUUAACAUUACCCAAAUAUUUUAUUGAGCCACUCAGUUACUUCAAAUGUUUACCAAACUUUCCAUGUUUGUCUAUUGAAGAUAAUGUAGGUAGCUUAAAAGAACUGAAUUAUGAUGGCUAGUAAAUUCAGAAUAAUUGA